CGUCCAUUUACGGAUAAUUAAUUACGUCAAUGAGCGCCAAUAGCGGAAAUAGUGUUAAAAUGAAGUACGAUACAUCGAAGAAUAAAGUGACUUCCGCUCAAAGAGAUUUAUAUAUCAGACCACUAUUAAGGUUGAAACAACAAGAAGAUAUUUUUGAUAAAGGACUUGUUGGUGCGAUUGAAAACAUGAAAAUAGAUUCGAAUUUGUUACAGGAUAUUAUAAAUGAACACAAGGAAUUGUCAUUGAAAAGACGAAACUUUGUGAACACGAUGUACAAAAAUAUAAAAGAUAUUACUUCUGAAUUGGAUUCUGUGAAACAUGUGGCGAAAAAUCCAGAAGAUUUACAAAAACUAGAUGUGAACGCGUUCAAGUCAAAAUUGAUCAAACUUUCGCAAAAAAUGCAGGAUUUCGAGAAAUCUUGUCCUAUUCAAACACUGAUGGAGGAAGGAACUGCAUUAAAUACUGAAGUACAUGAAUUCGAAUUUAAUUUAGAUAAAUAUGAAAAAGCACAGAAAAAUUGGACACGUUUACCGUUAUUAUGUAAAAGUAAACUUGAAAAUAAACACAAUACAGAAUGCAAAGACAUAGACGAUUUUCAUGCUCUGGUUGCAGUAACAGGACACACGGAAAAUUGGACCAUGGAGGAUCAUCUAUUUUUCUUAAAAACGCGAAAAAGGUGUGAAAAUAUACCAGCUCUGGUUGCAGCGAUCCAAAAAAAGUGUCCAGAUCUAUCUACUGAAAUUAUAGUAAACCACGAGGCGUGGUACAAGCAAUACACAGAUUUACGAGAAAAACAGAAGGCAGCAGUGAAAGAAUGGCGUCAAAAGAGGGAAUCAGAAAAAAAGAAACAUAUCGACGAAAUAGAUAAAGAAAUCGGGAAUUGUUACGAGGAUGAAGAUUUUCUAAAUGAAAUCCCCAGAGAGAAAGCAACAUGUAUUUUACGAAAAACAAAAUCGUCUACAACGGAAACCAGAAGUACCAACAGCAGUGCCAGUUCGACCGAAAGCAAGAAAAAGGAAUUGAUUAAAAAGUGGAAAAUGGAAAAAGAAAAUAAGCGUUUGAUGGACGAAGAACAGAUAAAAAUGCAAAUAAAAUUGAAGGAGAAAAUGGAGCAAAAUAGGAGGAAGAAGCGUAAGGAAAAGAUCCAGGAAGCUCUGGAACAAUAUAAAAAGAAGAAAUCUUUGGAAAAUAUUUUAAGAGAAAGGGAUGAACGAUCUAAAGAAAAAUGUACAUACGAUGUAACUUUGAUUAAAGCAUUUAGAGAGCAAGACAAACAGUUUACUAAAAAAAGAAAAAAUUUAAUUCUACGUUCUAAGAAGCCAAACAAAUGCGAAUCGGUGAAUAUAAGAAGGAUAGAGCUCGCAGAAGCAAGGAGCUAUUCAACAUUGUUUGAUACUACAAAAGUUUGGAGAGAAAAAUGCAGAGUGGAAGAUUCGACAAUGCGUUUUAACGAAUUACAAUAUAUCAAGGACGUCCCAAAAAUGUGAGUAACCGGAUAAAUUAUUAAACUGUUUAUUUAUUUACACAUGGAUGGUAUUACAGGUGUAUCCGAUGGAGGAACGAAGAAUCGGAGGAUCUAAAAAUCUAACAAGAAAUAUAUCGAUUAAAAAAUGUAAAAGACAUUAGUAUAAACGAUCGUGUUAUCGUAUGCCUAAUUUAUUGUAUAUACUCGUACAAGUUUUAUUGUUUACGUGUAACUUGGUAACUAACGCGACUCAAAAUACGUAUAAAUAUACAAUUUUGUCAUUGGUAAACUUUACAUCAUUUUUUUAUAACUUUUAAAACAAUG